CUCUGGCGUCGGUAAACGCUACAGCUUCUUUGCCGCACAGUUUAAAUUCUAGUUUAAGAUUUGUGAGAAGUUUACAGUUGAUUGUCUAAUGAAAUUUAAUAUUAUUUAAGAAAAUUGGAAUCGAAAAUGCUUUCAUUUCGCCAAAUACUUUGUUUUGUUCUGUCACUACUAUCAUUCAUAUCAGUAUUUUAUUCUGUUGGAAAAUUAGGCGUCUUUUUAGCUACUCCAGUGACUCGUAAUUUUAAAGAUGUCUUGCUGCAGAAUUUGCUUGAUGAUCGUUCACUGCAAAAGGCCACUUUGUUUUCGCUGAUGUUCAAUUCUAUCUGGAUAGUACUCUUUGUAUUGCAACAUAGUGCCAUGAAGGCACAAGUCAUAAAGAAAAUUUGGCAAAAGCUAGGUCUGGAAUUAGCUGAACGCAGCAUUUAUAAUAUCGCAUCUUCGUAUUGCCUUCUGAUUCUUUUGAAAAAUUGGAAGACGACUCAAUCUUAUCCAUUAUGGCAUGUAGAUGUCCAACAUAGCGCUACGCUAUGGUGGACUUUUGCAUCCGCUCAUAUUCUUGCGUGGACAAUCAUUUACGGUGGGAGUUUGCUAAUGGAUUUGCCAGAAUUGGUCGGACUCAAACAAAUUUAUUAUGAUAUCAAUGAUCUUGCGCCACCAAUGAGCUACAAAUCAUCUGAACUUCGUCAUUUCUACGAGAGACUGCGUCAUCCUUCUUUUGUUGGACUUUCUGUAGUUUUAUGGAUUACAAAUAGUAUGAGUUUGGAUCGUCUUCUGUUGGCUAUUGUGUGGACAGCUUACAUGUACCUUUCGUGGAAUACCAAUAAAGCUGACUUGGAUUAUCAAAAGUACCAGUUAACUCGCAAAAAGGUUGAAUUGGCUGGUGUGGACAAAUAACAAACAAAAAUACUCUAUAGUUAAGAAAAUAACUGUGCCUCAACUACAUGUAUGCGCUAUUAUUUAUCAUUCGCUUAUAUUUUCUUAUUCAAAAAUAAAUCUGAAUAUUUUCCAUCCGGUAUUGACUCAUAAGUACGAACUGACUAAUAAUAUUUAAAACUUUCAACUAAUCGGUUAAAAUAUAUUAAUUCAUCUAA